AUGGGAAACACUGAAUUUAUAGCUGUGCUCAUUCAACACUAUCUAGAGUUAUUAUGGAAGAAAAAUGAUGAUGAGCAAACUAUAUUUCAUGUAGCUGUCACAUACUGUGAUGAAGGUAUCUGCAAUCUUCUGCAUGAGAUCGGCUCAAUGAAGGAUAUGAUAACUCCUCUCAAGGACAAGGAAGGAAACAAUAUGUUGCAUUUAGUUAGGGAAACCGAAAUAAAUCGACUUCAAGAUGUUUCAGAAGUUUUUCAAAUGCAAUAUGGACUACUAUGGUUCAAGGAAGUAGAAGUUAAUGAUGGAGCGCAUAGAAGAAUCUACUCUCUGCAAAUGAGAAGUGGAUGGUGGUUGCGACACUCAUAGUUUCUUUGUUUUUUCCAAGGACAAGUUUGCGAGACUUCAAUAUGAUAUUCUAAUGGAUGUUUAUCGCUGAUCACUUGUUUUUAAUGUAAAAGUGUCAUUUCAAGAAAAAGAAUAAAUGUAUUUUAUAAGCAUUGAUGCAUGAUGGAUUCAAGGAAAGCACAAAUUAUUUUGCCUGUCGUAUUUUUUUGGAAGCUUAAAUGUAUAUAUGCGUGCAUACAUGUAUUUUCAUUGGUGGGAUUUUAGUUGUAAAUUGCUUCACAAAUAUGUUGUAAUGACUGACGAUCGUCUCUUUCUUUUGUUGAUUUGGAUAAUGGAUUGAAAAAUCGGU